AUGGCCGAUAAGAAAUUCGCAGUAGUCUUGCUUGUUUUAUUUCAACCUUGUAACAGUGAGGAGGUGGCCUGUGAUGGUAUUAUAUUCCACGAGGUGUACUAUGAUAGAGAAAUACUAUUCAGAGACCUCGGAAGGCCUUAUAACUUGAUCAUGCACAAGUUCUCUGGGUUACUGUUCUUCAGUCAUACGGUGCAGAACGUGACACAUGUCGAUUUCACUAUAACAACCUGUCACGUAGACAAGAAAGAGUGUCACGACGUAAGAGGCAUCCCUGGUGGCUACGCAAUCGCUUACGAUCCUGGCAACGACGACAUCUACUUGGGCGGUCAUGAUGGUAUAUACAAAUACAACUUCCUAACUCAGUCUGCCGAAUUCUUCGCCGAAGAAGGGAAGAGCAUAUGGGGUAUAUUCGUCAAGAGAAACUUUUACUACAUCCAGUACCCGAACCAAAAACUUCACGUAUACCAAGACGACAAUUUUGUGCCCGUUUUUGAAGCUAGAAACAUUGAAAUAGAUCACUUUUUUAUAUCUAAACAUAUGGACAUAUAUUUUUCUAAUCGCACUGCUUUAUAUAAAGUUGAAAGACCUAAGAAAGAGGCUAUUCUUCUUAACGAUGACACGGUUAUAAGACAGAUAGUUGAAGAUGGUUAUGGAGAUAUAUACUUUUGUGCUAGUGACGGUAUUUAUAUAGAAGACAAACCGUAUACUAGAACCAAACAAGUAGCACAAAUAAAUCAGGCUUUUGGAUUAACAUUUGAUGAACAUGAUAAUAUAAUUUAUUCUGAUCAAGAUUCUAUAUACAGAUUACUUCCUAGUAAAUCUAGUAACCUGUGCUAUCAAGCAAUUAAAGCAAUGGCUGCUCGGGAUCCUGAGGCGAAAUCAGUGCCGAGGGAACAUAUCAUUAGCUGA